GAACACAACUUUAGGUAACGUAUAAUAGUAAAAACAAUUUUUUUUUUUUUUAACACUAAAAUGUACUCGAUCAUUCAUUUUAAAACUCAAAAUACCAUAAAAUAUUAUUUUAUUAUGAUACAUGAACAAUUUUUAACUCAAAUGGAAAUACGAGGUGUUCCAAUUUGAUUGGAACCCAUUUGAUACGGGGGUUUUAUUCAUAAAAAAGGACUUUAAAGGAGAAUAGAUACGAUACUUGGUUUAAGAGAAAUAUAGCUGAUACAUCUGUUGGGUGUACCACUAUUGUAGAGGUAAAGUUGGAAAAGUUUAGGAUACAGAGUUUUAUCGGUACGCAAUAACAAAUUAUGAUUCUGAACGACGUUCGGUUAAACAUAUUGUUUUAAAAUACCGGGAUAACGAUUUAUCGGACUUACGAUUUUCGUCAAAGUUUGAAUUUAAAGAAGCUUAUAAAUACCUUUCAGUUAAAAUUGAUUGAAAUAAGUAUCACUCUAUUUUAAUAUACUAUAAAUUAAUAAGUGACAAGCGUUUUCAUUUAGAAAACGUAAAUUCAUUUACGCACGUCGGGAUUUAAAGUUUUUCAAAUAAUACACUCAAAACGUGAAUUUUGUUGCCACUGAUCUUAUCGUGUAAAAAAAAAAAUAGUCCUUAUUUCAAUCCAAGUGGCACUGGUUUCAAAAAAAUUACUAGACUCAACGUCUAUCGUCCACUGUUUUGUUUUAAUUUUAUAAUCGGUAUUUUGACUAUCUAAAACAGUGUUUCCCAACUGACGGAGCAUGUACAUAUUGCUGAGGAGACGCAAGCAGUCAUCACGAAAUGAAAUUUGUAUUUAUUUAAUUACUUGUAUUUUACAGUUUAAGGGAAAAAUACAAAUUUAAUAAUGACCGACGAUUGGUUAUCGAUUAUAAAGAUUACGAGCAAGGCUAUAUUCAGGUAGAGGCGACAGGGGGCAGUUGACAUUUUUGAUAAGAUUUGUUUAGUCAUUGAUAACCCUUGAUAACCUUGUUUGUUAAUAGGGAAAGAGAGCGAAACAUUUUUAAAAAGCUACAAAGGGGGCGUAAAAUAAAAAAAGUUGGGAACCACUGACCUAAAAUAUCAAAUGCACCAAGUGUAGCCUGCAAUGGCAUAUAUUAGCCUAUAUUUCUAGUGGUGCGGAGAAAUCUUUUAAUUUUUAACUCCAACUUAAUUCCUUUGUAAAUUACCAAACCAAAUAAACAAUUUAUUUUUCUGUAGGUACCACAUUUUUUAUGAAAUGAAUAUAUUAUAAAUAUUUAAUUAAUUUAAAAGUAAAAACUUUGUUACUAUAACAUUUAAAGGAAAAAUAUAGAUAAUUGUUUAGAAAAAAAUACAGACUUUUUAAAAUAUAAACUACAGGUAAAUACACAUUUUUAUGAUUUUCUGGUGGUGCAAAAAUAUAAACUUGCAUCACCACAUUUCAAAUGUAAUUGUACCAAAUUUACGCCACUGCGUGUUGCGUCCUGUUAAAUACGAGUGACCGUAUCGGGGACGGGUAUAUUUAAGGCCAUAGGUGAUGGCGGCUGGACCCCAUGAAAUAUAUGUAAGUACAGGUGAAAUACGUUUCAUUAAAAUAAUAUUCGACGAUAAUAUUGUUCGCAAAGUCCUGGCGGAAACGGUACACGGGAAACUUCGGGGCGGUGGCGGCGGCUAUAAACACGAACCGCAGGCCUUUGCGGCGGCGGCGCGAUACGGAAAAAGUUUUCUCUCCGGUGACGGACCCCGUACCCCGAACGGACAUACCGAACGGACAUAUUUAUUUAUUUCAGAAUUCCGUGCGGCCGUAUUCUCCGCGGUCGCCCGUCGCCGAUAAAGCCCUGCACGUCGUAAUAUCGUACGGAAGGGACGGGAGAACCCCCCCCCUCCCCCCCGAUUUCUCGUAAUGCGAUUUUUCGGUCGCGUUUAUAAUAUAUCAUACGGUGUUUAUGUUCCCGGGACCGCGGGGCGAGUGCGCGCGGGUAUUAAAUAAUGGGAUCGCGCGCGGUCGUGACGGUGACCAAACGCGGUCGAAACCUUUUAUAAUAUUAUAAUAAUAUAGCCGAUCGACCGGAUUUCGGACCGUCGAAAACGUAAAAAAAAAAAAAAAAAAAAAUCUCCCGAACAAUACGCGAGACUUUAGCGCCCCGCAUUAGUACGCGUUGACGGGAUAAAAAAUUAUUUAUAUAUUUAUGUACGGGGCGUCCCGUACGAAGACAUCGCGGUCGUAUUGCGCGAUACCUCCAAACGUAUUAUUGACUUUUUUCAACAAAUUUACGAAAUAUAUUAUUUUAAAAUUAUUUAAAAUUAAAUUACGGUCUUUCAAAACAUGCGUAUAACGCUCAGAAUCGUUUUUUAUUAACAAUGGUAUUAUAUCGUUGCGUACAGAUAUACAUUACAUUUCCAAUCUACCUUCCCAACUUGUCACCUACAACAGUGGCCCAUCCAUUGUGCGAAGUAUGUCCGUCUUUCUAUUUAUUUACGAUUUAAGAAACGAGUAAUAGGUAUGUAGCGUUGUCGUUAUUUUUUAUCACCAUUGCUUCUUUUUUUGGGGGGGGGGGUUCAAACAACUAGGUACUUGAUUAUCAAACGACAACAUAUUAUAUCAAAAAUUACAUAAAUAGACGGAGUAUUUGUAAGAAUACAUUUAUGUAUUGACAUGUUUCACUUCUGUCAACUCGUUGACGAGAUAUUAUACUUUUAAAUUGUCAGUAAUAGGAGAGUAGCAUUAUUCAAACGAUACGUCAGUAGCAUAAAUGAUGCUCCUCUACUCUCCCUCCUAAAAUAUCAACGGGUUGAUGGAAAUCAACAAUUUCAACAUCAACAUUUAUUUAAAUUAACACUCUGUAUAUUUUUAUGAAUUUGUUUAAUGUAGGAUAAAAAAUUCGUUUCACCCUCCGAAAAUAAGGAGACCAAAAAAUUAUGGUUUAUGUACAAUUUUAGAGACACUUGUUCUAAAAAAUUUCAUACGAAAAAUAAUCCGGAAAAAGUUAAUAUUUUACAAGAUAACGCAGUGAUCAUAUUAUUAUCUACAUGGAACACCCUGUAUAUAUCGCAAACGUCAAUUGCGGAUAAUCGUGUUAAAAUAAUAUUAAAAAUAAAAAAAAAAAACCCUCCAGUAAAUCAUAAUGUCCAUUCGGUGUGUAAUCGCUCUUUUCGCAAAAGCGAACGUUCGCUUCGUGCGUAAAAUCGACGUUUUACUAUAAUUAUACAGAACAGUUUAUAAAAAAAAAAAUAUAUAUAUAUUUGUAAAGCGUGUUUAGAAUGUGGAAUAGUUUUAUACGCGUUCAAUAGUAAAAUCAAAAUGCGUAAAAACAUUCGAAAUUUAUCACCGCGAAAAACUGCCUAACCUACAAACAUUAUCCGUUGUUUUUAGGAGUGAUAAAUGACAAAUUUCUUCCCGAAUAGGUGGGUUACCGGGAUAACAAAUUUUAUCUGGUUUUCAAGAACUACGCUAUAAUAGGUCUAUGCUAAUAACAGAGCAAGUCACCACCCUUCUUCUAAGCAAUUCUUUCUGAGCCAUAUUUGUAUCGAAUUGGUAUGUAUGGAAUGUUAAGAAUAUUGUAUGGGAGUUUUUUUUUUUUUGUAAACGAGGAUGGUGGUUUAUACAACUUUUUGUCUACCUUCCUUUUAAAAACAUGGUUCGACGCCACUGGCCUGAGAUGUUGUUUUGUAAUAGUAACACGAUUCUCAUCUACCUAAAGUUUUCUCGCCAAAUUCAUCUCGAUCAUUUCACACGUUUCAUUAAAUCAUUAAAGAAAAGUUUAUGGCAUCUCCUCCGCCAUCGUUCUAAAUUUUUUCCAGAGAAACCCCCUUGAUAGUAUAUUAUAGUACCCUAACCAAUGAGAAAAUUCGAUAUUAACCGGGUUUUGCCCUGUCCGUUUCCAGUCCGCAGAUGGAGCAAGCGGUACAGAAGUUCAACUAUUCCAUCGGGUUAGACAACGGCACGUCCAACUGGUCUACGGCGAUGACGGCGACCGAGUUCAAGCCGGUUCUGUCACCGUUCGAGUCCUGGCAGAAAGUGCUCAUCGUAAUGGUUAUCGGCGUGUGCAUGGUGCUGACCAUUACCGGAAACAUAUUGGUGCUAGUGUCGUUCAUCGUGGACCGGACCAUCCGGCAACCGAGCAACUAUUUCAUCGCUUCGCUGGCCGCUACGGACAUGUUGAUCGGUAAGGACGCUCGCGGUUACCGGAACCGCUUAUGAUAAAAACUAUCGAAAACGUACCUCGUCCCUGGGACUGUAAUGAAGAAAAACGGGUAGAGAGAGUAACAGGACGAAUGGCAGGACGAAAACUUUGACAUUUAAAAUACCCAUGACCGGGGUAAUGUUGUGCAUAAACCAUGUGAAGCAACAGCAUUAACCUCUUAAAAAUAAAAAACCCUCCAUGUUAAAAAUGCGCCGAGUUUGCCGUUUAUUGAAAAUCAUUAGCCGGUAUACGUUCUCGAUGUGGUAAAAUAUUAAAAAUAUUUAUAUAUUUUAUAAAUAAAAUCAUAAUAAAUUCUUAAUACUCAUAAUGUUAUACUAAACAAUUCAAUAAUGUCUGAAAAACACUAGAGUUUUGAAAACUCUACGGAAUUGUAUCACUCUGUAUACAUGCAUGUAUCGAUCGCGAUACCAUACACAGAUAAUACAUAUGCUUUCCGGAAUUUAUAGAAAAAACUUAAAAUCGCACAUGUCGGUCAGGACUUUAACAUUUUUAGUAUCUAUAUAGUACUGUUAUUACAAAACCUAUUGAAAUAGUUUUUUUUAUUAUUAUUAUUUCAAUAUAAUAAAUGCAAGAGAGAACCUACUAAAAAUUUUUUUUUUUCCCAAGUAAAUUCUAUCUAAUAUUCUUUAUCUUUUUUUUUUUUUUAAUGUUCACCUUGGCCCCGCAUACAAAUAAAAUAUUAUUAACUUUUACCGCGUGGACAUAAAACGCGAUUGUUAUCACACAUCCUAAAACGUAAAUGUUAUAUAUAUUUUGGACAACCUUGAUGAAGGUUUAGUAUUAUAAUAUAUUGUUCGUAAUAAUUUAGCUGUGUAAACGUAAAAAAAAAAAAACUAAUUAAAAUAAAAAUAAAAAAAUAAAAACUUGAUACCGUUUUAUUCGUUGUCAUUAAAAAUGAAUUCAGCGUCACGAAACGGUUUUAAUUAAAAUCGGUAAAUAUUUUAUUUUUAUAGCCGAGUCAGUGGGUUAGGUUUUGGUAUAGUUAGGUACGUCGUAUACCUAUUAUACGGUUUGUUUUUAGUGUGAUUAUGCAUUUUUGAUAACUUUACUGGAUGCGUAGUUAUACGACAAAUGUCCCGUUAAAAUUAUGCACAUGCAAGUAUACUAUUACCCAUAGGCUUGUGGGAUUAUUUCAGCUAAAUAAUAUGUUUUACAGUAUUUUAUGUAAUACACAGGGUGGCCCGGAGAAAUGGGGUUUUUGUUCAAUGUAGAAACUGCAUAGUUAGGUAAGUUAGGAGGGCUAUACGUCCGUGCAAAGCUAUCUGCAAUUUGAACCUAAUCAAGAGAGUGGGGGGGGUCAAAAUAUGCAUUUACCGUACAGCCAUGGAGACCUGUUCCGAAACCGGUUUGGGUCUGGCUGCUGUUCGCGUAGAAUUACGGCAAAAUCUAGAACAUUCAUGACGGUUGUGAAUUUUCAGAGGACAGGUUCGGCUAUAGAGAGAAAAACAUCCGCGGAUGAACCCUGUAACUCGAUAAGAAAGUAUAAACACAGCUUUCUAUGCGUAGGGCCGAUAAUUAAUUAAUUAUACAUUUAAUCUCAUACAAAAUACUGUUGUAUAUCAGUGUAUUUAAUGUUAAUUUUUUGGCCUGACGUAUCGAACGUUUUCGUUAAUCUUAUCGAGUUACUGAAUCCACUUACUGGCGGUCAACGAACAAAACCAACUCCAGAAAACCACAGAUGUCACCUUUACGGCCUAUUGCGCCUUUACUUUGUGUACCACCGGUCCAAGAUUAAUGAAUACCGGGUAGUUUUGCACGAAAAAAUACUACUCCCGGUUGUCUACAUUCUCCCCGGGGCAGCCACCUACUACCUACUACAUUUAAAAAACUUUUAUUUUCCCGUACCACUCUGUAUACGACUCGAUAGUUUUCAAAAGAUGUGUUGAACAUGCCAUCGUACCCGGUAUAUUGUGCAUUUUCAACUCUCGUUAAACGGUUAAUUCGGAUCGUCGAAUCAUAUUAGAAUUCACUUCGGGAUUAAAAUGCCCGUCGACGCGUCACCGCAACAAACAAACAAAAAUGGUACCCGACUCGCUCGUUUUCCGAUUGAUCACUUUUUGACGGAUUCCGAUGAUUCUAAAACUAAAAAGUGACCGUGUUGGAAUAUUCUACCCGAUCGAUUGGAUAUUCAACGCGUGAAAACAACGAAAAAAAAUACACACAUUUUCCCAUAAAUUCACGGCGCUUUUGAUAACAUUCUAAAAAUCGAACAGUAAAAAUAAUAUCCUAUAUUGUUGGUUUGCGUGUUCGCGGGAAAAUAAUCGACUGCAUAAUUGCAAACAACCCUGACCGUAUCGAGGUCCGAGGAAUAGCCCACACAGUGUAGGCCCUGCACAAAUUUAAAUAUUAUUACAUUGCGACCGCUUGAUAUAAUUGACGUUAUGUUGAACAUUUCACAAAUAUCCCGGACUUCGGUGUUAAAUAAAAAAAAAAAAAAAAAUCCAAAAUGAAAACCGCAAUAAUAAUCUCUACAACGAAAUUAAAGUCCGCCAAUUAAUGCGGCACAGGCGGGUGACCGCGGUGAAUAAUGCGUACGUGCCCGCGUCCUUUUCACAAUUACGACGGCGGAGAAUUUAAAUACACUAAAAACCGUCGAAAAAUUACCGAAAAAAAAUAACUUGCACGAAUUUCUCUUUUUCAAUGAUUUAUUUGAUAAUUUUUAUUUUAUUACCAAAACUAAAAAGAACCAAAAAUUAACAAAUUCGACAUUAUGCGACGUAUAGGUAUCACAAAAGACUGCGUUGUUAACGCACAAUGUUAUGUUUCGCAACCAUUAUUAAAAUAGUAUAAAAAAUCACUAUCGAAGUCAAAGAAUGAUUGACAAUCUUUAUGAAAAAACCCGAAAAACCUAUUGGACUUAUCGUCGAAUAAACCAAUAAUUAUUAUCGUCUUGGUAAAUAAUAUUUUUAAAUAGUUAAAUUGUUUGAAAAGUGCAUUAAAACUAAAAAAGUGAAAAAUGUUGAAAAAUACAAAAGUUUCACCCUAGUAAUAAAUAAAUAUGUAGCAAACAAAAAACGCGAAAUAAAUGUGUAUGCAAGCAUUAGAAAAGCGUUGUCUAAGAUCAUCCCGAAAAAAAAAAAGCACUUCCAUUGAAAUUCGGGCAUAGUUAUUAUAAUAUAAUAUGUGAUGUUAUCUAUUGAUUAUAAUGUAUUGUUUUCAAAAUGGGUAUUUAAUGGUUCAAAAACGCUCUCGUAAUAAUUACCAUGUGAAAAACUGAAAAUAAUAAUUCGGUGCUUACUUGACGAAACGGGACGAAAUUAAAACCCCAGUUUGUCGUGACAUAAUUUUACUGUCACCGUGAUCAUGUUAGUGGGAGAAGUAUUCUUCAAAGGGGUUUUCUGUGUGCAAGUAUAAGCACACAGUGAAGUAUGUUGGAUUCCCAGCAUCGUGAGAUUUUGCUUACCGUGUUCACUAAUGAUAAUGAACGAUAAAUGAUCGACUAUAAAUUGAUUUUGUGACAAACUAUUAUGUUUGAUGUAGGAAAUAUUCUCACUGAAAGAUAGAAGGGUAGCUCGGAAUGUCCAGUAAUUAAGGGGAAGAUUCGGUUUAUCUGAUUGUGGAGCUUUCUUAAAGGGAGUGCGGAGUAGCACGCAAUGCAUGAUUACUUCAUAAAAAUGACCUUCGUCCAUAAAAAUAGUGCAUUUAUAUUAAUUUGUUUCUUCCUUGUAUUAUUUUCCGAUGCUUACUGAAAUACAUUUUGAAUGCGAUAAUUUUCACGGCUGCACAUCGCCGUAAUAUAUUACGUUAAUUUUUAUAUUUUUACACGAUUACGUUAAAUUAAACACUGAAAAAUCGUCGCUUUUGUUCCGACAAUAUAUCAUAAUACUAUCGUAUACCGUUUUAUGUAACUGCGCUUAAAAAAAAAAAAAAAAAUAUGGUUUUAAGCAUACAUAACGGUAAUAUUCAACAUCCCGAACGAAAACGUUUACCUACCUAAAAUCCGGUAAAAUUUAUUGCCCGUGAAAUUAUUAUGGCGUCUUCACACUUCGUCGCCUCAACUGCUCUCCGCUGUGAUAUUAUAUACGUAGGCAUAGAUACGAACUUGCAAUAUCAUUAACCGUUAUCGCACAAAUAACAUUGUUAUUACCCUUUUCUGCAGAGGGUAGAGGGUGCCCCGGAAAUAUUUACCAUUUUACGAGCGGUAUACCGGAACCCCGGCGAAACCCCGGCGCUAAAAUUAAUAACGUGUCACAUGCGGAGCUAUACUUAUAUUAUAUUAUCGAAUGCCGAUCGAUAGGUUAUGAUUUACGAGCGCGAUUUAGAUAUUUUCAGUUAUAUACUGUGACUUGUGAAAAUUUUCAGUAAUUUGUUUUUCUUCGCGCACGUCACCGUCCCGCGCAAAUGGGAUCAGCUCCCGUGUGUCUGUCCAGUAGCUGAGCGCGUAGCUGAAAAAACAAAACAUUCUGGUCCGAGCGAUUUCAAUAUUUCGCAAUCCUUUGAAACCACACAUCUACUGCAGCGAGAAUUGAGAGAAUGCCACGGCGGUGCAAUAACUUAACAGCUAAUCCUAAUUUCUUAUUUGUUUUUAAUAAUCCUCUUACCCUCUAUGCCACUAUAGAUUUCCAAAUGCAUCACUGCCUCUUCACAUCAACUCCCACGUACCGUCAUAUGUCUCCCCCACUGUAAUAUCUACAUGAUCACAGCCCCCAAUUCUUUUACCUAACUCUUCCUGGCCGAGACAGCCAGCUAUUAUAUCUCGUCGUUACUCUAUUUUAAAAUGUUAGAUUAGAAAAAAAUUAAAAAAACCGAUAAAAUUAUGGUGCCGUGUUUUUGUGUUAUGUUCCAAACAGGUACGGUGUCGAUGCCGUUCUACUGCGUGUACAUACUGCAAGGAUACUGGGACCUGGGUCCGUUACUGUGCGACUUGUGGCUGUCGGUGGACUACACGGUGUGCCUGGUGUCGCAGUACACGGUGCUGUUGAUCACGGUGGACCGGUUCUGUUCGGUGAAAAUAGCUGCCAAGUACAGAUCGUGGCGGACCAAGGACAAGGUCAUGUGGAUGGUGGUGUUGACGUGGAUCAUCCCGGCGCUGUUGUUUUUCACCAGUAUAUUCGGCUGGGAACACUUUGUUGGUUAUCGCGACCUACUGCCGGGCCAGUGCGCCGUCCAGUUCCUCAAGGACCCGGUGUUCAACACGGCGCUGAUCAUCGGUUACUUCUGGACCACGCUCAUCGUGUUGUUCGUUCUAUACGGUGGCAUAUACAAGGUGGCAUAUGAAAUGCAAAAGAAGAGCGAAGCGAAACAGCGCAAGAUGCAAUCGAUGGUCGCGCUAAGCGCGGGUACGGUGUCCGGUAUGGCAGGGCACGCGGCCGGCAUCGGCAUGUCCAAGACGCAAAGCACCUUGUUAGUGCACGAUAAGCCGUUACAACAGCACCAGUACCAACAACAGCAGCAGCAUCAGCAACAACAACAGCUACUACAGCAACAACAGCAGCAACAACAGCAACACCAACAACAGCAACAACAACUUCAACAGCAACAAUACCAAACUACGAUGGCCGGUGCCAACAGAUCAGCCGGUCCUGUAAAUUGUGAUGGGACGACGGUGGAGUCGACAGUAUAUUCGGAUGACCAGCAAAACGGGACAGGUGGGACCGUGGUGAUAGUGGACAAGGAACGGUCCAGUAGCCCUGCGUUCGAGUCAGACGAGGAGAGCACCACUGGUGAGAGACAGCUGCAGACGAUCAACUGGCCGCGCAAAAAAUCGGUGGCUGAACUAAUCGUCCAGUCGGCGCUCGUGCAACGGUCCAACAGUGGCAUACACUUAUCACCAUCCGACAAUCUCAUACCGUAUGGUGGCGGUGGUGGCGCCAACGAGUGUCCGGCCACCAGUCGUCCGGUUAUUAGGUCAUAUUCCAACACGGCCGUCGUUAGUUGUGCGGACGACCGACAACAACCGUCAUCGGUGGGAGGCCCACCCGGAAGCCCGGAAACGUGUUCGCCGCCCAACAGCCGGGUCGACGCGCUCGUUGGCAUGGACACCAGUGAGUUACACUUCAUGGAUGAUAGUUCCAUCGUAAUCGGUUCGCCGACGUUCGAGAGCCCGACCAACAGCUGCACCAGCUCAAUGAACGACACAAUGUCGUCGGCGCAGUGUUCACCGGCCCACGCAGCCAUGACCUCGUCGUCGUUGCUGCAGGCCGCGCUCAUAAGGGCGGCCGCCGCCCAACAGACGCACGGACCACCAUCGCAAUCCAUCGUGGUGUCCAAAGUCAACACAGCCGUAGUGAUGACGGACCACGGCCGAACCACAGCGUCGACGAGCACUGUGGUGGUGGCCGCGGUCGACGAUGACGACGACGACGACGCGGUACCGGCCGCCGAAAAGUCUUCGUCAGAGACGACCAAGAGCGGCGGUGGUGUAGGUGGUGGCGGGGGUGACAAGCGCGAGGGAAGUUCGCGUGGUGACUUCGUUCGGACCAUUGGCAAGCGGCUGAAGGUUAAGCGGCCCAAAGUGUCUGGCCGGCAAAAGUCCAAAUCGGAAAACAGGGCCCGCAAGGCGUUCCGGACCAUAUCAUUCAUACUGGGCGCGUUCGUCAUGUGUUGGACCCCGUACCACGUGCUGGCCCUGAUCGAAGGUUUCUGCUCGAAGCCACCGUGCACCAACGAACGGUUGUUCCUGUUUUCGUACUUUCUGUGCUACGCCAACAGUCCCAUCAACCCGUUCUGUUACGCGCUAGCCAACCAUCAGUUCAAAAAGACGCUAACCCGGUUGAUGAAAGGCGACUUUCAUAUAUCAUAGGUCCGUACUACGCUACGUUAAGACUAUUCGCGCGCGCAUUCUUCCGGCGAACUGUCCGCGUUCCAACUUCCGAAAACUCGAUAAGGUUAACCUAAUCCAACCUAACCCGAUUUCCGUGCGUCGUGAUCGUUUUUCGGUAUAUUUUUCGUUUUGUUUUUUUUUUUUUUUACCGAUUUUCCAACAAAAUGACACUCGCCCGUGUGGUCCCGACCUGGGUCAAACUUAAGGGUCACUCGACAGAUGUUUGUUGAAAGAUCGCCCCCAGGUGACGGGCGGAAAAACGACUACGAAAAUCACCGCAAGUAUGAAUCGAUUACGUUUUUCUAGACAUACACGACGUUCGCACGUGAUUUUAUGGUUCCUAUUACACUCCCGCUGACGUUAAAUAAUAUUAUCGUCGUUUCUCGUUGUGUGACAACACCAAAAUGAUAGAUAAUUACUAUCGCCCCUACGACAAAAUCUUUACGUUAUAUAGGUACGCUGUUCUCGCACAAAACACACCUAGUUCUUCCUUUUCGCAUUUGUCCCGCCCUAUAAACGACCUCUUCGCGUCCAUCAAGAACGCAGCUGCUCUGGUUUUCUCCCUCCGCAAUCCACAUCGCCAUUUAUUCGUCUACCCCAUACGCAUGCCAUCGUCGAAAUAUCAUAGGCACAUUUACUUUGGCCUGCCUCUUCUCCGAUAUCCGUCUACGCUCAACUCAACCGUCUCGUUACGUUUCUUAACAUGAACGUUAUUUUCCGACCGAUCAACAAUAACUUUCGGAACGCGGUAGUCACGUCGUCGAAGAGUGUACACGUAAACUUUCUCUUAAAAUAACGAUAAUAAUAAAACUUGUAAAAUAUUUAUAUUGUAGAAAUAUUGUACAGUGGUCUUAUGUUUUUUUUUUUUUUUAUACCUACGUCUUGAUGCAAAAUAAUAAAAUAAUCGGCUUCGUGUACAUAAUAUUAUAUUUAUAAAUAAUAAACGAUGCAAGACGGAAACAAAAAAUGUUUAGCAAGCAUUUAGUACGUUUAGCUUAGAUUUGUAUAGGGGGUUUUUUUUAUAAAUAAUAUUAUACACAAAUUUUGUCGUGUAAAUAUUAUUAUUCAUAUUGUGUUAUAUAUUUAAAAACAGG